AUGUCUCUGAGCUGUCGAGUGAUGGGCGAAUGGCGAUAUGGGAAUUGCGGAUGCACAGAAUUAGUCCAUUCUUUACCUCAAGAUACCAAGGCACUUAAGGAUGCUAGAAAGUAUUUGGGAAGUUUCACUUGUGGCACCGGAGCUAAUUUUCCACUAUCUCGAGUAACGCUAUACAGUCCCUCCACGGAUGAACUUACUUCUACACUCAGAACAUUGGUGCUAGACGAGUCUCAAAGAGCAGUGGACGUAAGAAAUUAUGAUGAUAUGGAGAAAGACGAAAAUAGAGAUAUUGGAAUUUCAGAUGAUAUCCUUGGCGGAAUCGAAUCACAGGAUCCGACUAUUAAUAUUGCAAGUGAUAAAGCUAACGACAUCACGCUGUACGAAGUGGCUUCCCACGUCUUACCGAUAUAUGGGCACAGUGACUGUUCGGCUGUAACUGGCAGAUACGAUCCAUGCGGUUGUCAUCUGAUCACUACGGUAGCUCAAGAAGCUCCACGAAGUAGUAGGGAUGAUAAGCCUACCAGGUUUUGGAAGAAAGCUGUGUUGUUGGGGAUUGAUCCCACCUGUCCAAUGAAGAAUAACGGUCUAUCCAGAAUGACCAGCUUGGAGCUGGACAUGAGGAUAUCCUAA